UCUCGCCGGUAAAAAGGAGGCUGGAAAAAGCAGAGAUCCCUUAACCAUGAUUCCCUUCAAAGUAUCUUUCCUCAUCCUCAUCAUCUUCCCAUGGUAUCAAUCUUCCAGUCGGACCCAACUCCAGCUCUGAUUAAUCCUACUCCUGCGCCAACAAACUUGGAAGUGGAUGUAUUAGCGCCCAAGGAAAAAAUCAUAUUUUUUUUUCUUUAAUCUAUGGACGUUCCACGCCGCUCUUUCGCUGCGUCUCUCUCGCCUCUCCGGCUGAUCGAUGGACUCCCGCGUCGGAGGAGUUUCAAUUAUAAUCAAAUGCCUGAAGAGCCCAUCAAACUCACUGUUCUCAAGCUUGAUGGAUCUNNNNAAGGUAUUCAAGUGUUGAGAACAGCCACAGUAGGGGAGCUCAAGAUGGCUGUAGAAGCUGCUUUUGCUCACUUGCCCAUCACAGGCCCUGGCAAGAUCUCUUGGCCGCAUGUUUGGGGACAAUUCUGCUUAUGUUAUGAAGAUAAAAGAUUGAUUAACGAGGCUGAGUACCUCAUUGAAUUCGGUAUAAAAGACGGAGAUCAGCUUCGAUUCAUCCGCCAUAUCUCAAAUUACUGCAUGUUGAUGGUGAAGCAGAAGAGCAAGACACCACGUGUUUCUUCUUUGAAACAACUCAAACUGUUCUCAACCAAACCCGAAACCCUGAAAAUGAAGGUAAGGGAAGGUCAAGAAGACAGUGUUGACUCCAUCCCUCGGAUCCUCCAACCAAGCUUUCUAGCGACUGUAUUAGGAGGUUGGCUCUCUCACAAGUCGACAACGCCAAGUCAAGGAGGUGGUACUAAACACAGAAACAUGACCGCAAGUAGAGUUUUUAACAAACUCAUCACAAGGCUUCGCUUCAAGUGUUAUUCCGAAAAGGAUGUAUGGAACAGAAAAAAACUCAUCUCCGAAACAUAAAAAAGACUCUCCUCCUCCCAUGUAACUUUCUCAUUCGAUUCUUGUAUAGAUUUUGAUUUCCCAUGUUUAUAUACCAACUUGAUGUGUUUGUUUGCGUGCUAAAACAAUAAUGCAUUGAUUGUGUGUUUGCGUUUGUACUUUGUACGUUGUAAUGCAAAUUGAAGUGAAUCUACCGUUUGUAUUUAGCGUU